GCCCGGAGCCCGGCGGCCCCGGUCCGGACCCGCAGGGGCGUCCGGGCGCCCAGCUCCCCUGGGCGUCAGUCGCCGUCCGGGGCACUUCAGUACCUUGGCGCAGCGGGGCCUGAGGCCGCCAGCGAAGCGCCUCGCCUGCUCCGGGCUGUGUCCUGCCCCGGGGGAGCUCGGCGUGGGAGACGGUGGCAGCUGCGUGGGCUGCCAGUCCCGGGCUCGCUCGUGUAAUAAAAGCUGGGAGCGAGGCGAUUCCCCCUUCACAGCAGGGCUCUUCCUAGCCUGGAAACAGGAGCGGUGUGAACGGGCCUGGGCCAGACACGCGCGCACCCGCAAUUCCUUGUGCACCUGCAAAAUAGUCUCCACUCUAGAGUUCAGUCCUAGGAGCCUUUAAUAGGUACAGUACUGUUAGGGAGCCCUCCCUGCUAAAAGCGGCUUAAGGUUGGACUUCAAGUCAAAGGUGCUGUUGAAUUAAGCAGAAACAGAAUUGUUGAUAUUGUUGUUGGAAAAGAUGAGAAGGGCAGAAAGAUUCCAGAAUAUCUGAUCCAUUUUAAUGGUUGGAACAGAAGCUGGGAUAGAUGGGCAGCUGAAGAUCAUGUUCUUCGUGAUACAGACGAAAACCGCAGAUUACAACGUAAAUUGGCAAGAAAAGCUGUAGCUCGCAUGAGAAGAAAAGGAAGGAAGAAGAGACAUUGUCGGCUGCCUGGUGUUGACUCUGUGUUAAAAAGCCUUCCUGCUGAGGAAAACGAUGAGAGCAGUGAAAAUUCUAUAAGUAGUUCUUCUGAUGACAGUGAUGAAGGAACCGAUGAAGAAAUAAAAAGUGAAGAAAGUGACAUUGAAGAGAGGACAGACAUGAAAGAAGAACAAGAGAUUCACAGUAAAAGGGAUAUGGAAGAAAGAGCAAUAAGUAUAGAAAUUCCUGAAGUUCUGAAAAAAAAGCUUGAAGAAGACUGUUAUUAUAUUAACAGGAGAAAACGGCUAGUGAAACUGCCUUGUCAGAGAAAUAUAAUAACUAUCUUGGAGUCAUAUGUGAAGAAUUUUGCCAUUAAUGCAGCGUUUUCAGCUAAUGAAAGAUCUCGCCACCAUCAAAUGACUUCACAUGUCAACAUGAACCUUCAUUAUGUCCCACCAGAAAAGAAUGUUGAGUUAUGUAAAGAAAUGGUGGAUGGACUGAGGAUAACCUUUGACUUCAUUCUUCCAUUGAUCUUGCUCUAUCCCUAUGAGCAAGCACAGUUUAAGAAGGUGACUUCAUCCAAAUUCUUUCUUCCAAUCAAAGAAAAUGCAGCAAACACUAACAGAAAUCAGGAGGAGCUAUCCCCGAGUCCACCUCUGCUGAAUCCACCAACUCCUCAAUCCACAGACAGUCAGCCUACAACAGGAGAGCCAGCAACACCCAAGAGGCGAAAAGCUGAGCCUGAAAUACUACAGUCUCUGAGGCGUUCUACACGUCAUACAUCGAACUGCGACAGGUUGUCAGAAAGUAGUGCAUCUCCACAACCUAAACGACGGCAUCUCGAUACGCCCGCUUCAAUGCCAAAACUGUUUUUGCAUCUGGAAAAAAAAACGCCGGUCCAUAGUGGGUCGUCAUCACCUAUCACUCUGACUCCUAGCAAAGAAGGGAGUGCAGUAUUUGCUGGCUUUGAAGGUAGAAGAAAUAACGAAUUCAAUGAGGUGUUGUCUUGGAAACUGAUGCCGGAGAACUAUCCCCAAAGCGAUCAGCCACCUCCUCCUUCUUACAUCUAUGGAUCUCAGCAUUUGCUACGGAUGUUUGUUAAACUUCCAGAGAUACUGGGGAAGAUGUGCUUUCCUGACAAAAAUCUAAAAGCUUUGGUAAAGCAUUUUGAACUGUUCUUGAGGUUUCUAGCCGAAUACCAUGACGACUUCUUCCCAGAGUCUGCUUAUGUAGCUGCAUGUGAGGCUUACUAUAGCACCAAGAAUCCUCGGGCAAUCUACUGAAGCUUUUAGUGAACAAUAAAUCCUGCUGUACAUAGCCCAUGGUUGUUGCUGCUUUGCCACAUAGCUACGAGAUGAAGAUGAAAUGGAAUUUGAAUGGCCUUUUUCAGAUAGGAAAAAGGGAGUCGCUUCUAUGACUACUGGAUUCGUUAGCAAAGAUGGACCACUUCUUGUUUCAGAGCCAUGCAAAGAUUGCAUUCUGAAUUGCUCCAAAUGUUGCAUGUAAGCUGCACUUCUAGAAGAAGGCCUGCACUGAUUUCUAAUGCAUAGGACUGCAUAAAGUUCUUACUAAGAAGUGUGUGUGGGGAGGGGGAAGCAGGUGCAUUAGCAGUGGGACGCUUUCAUGAAAACAAUUACCUCAUGCUGUCUUUCAUUUUAACAUGAACUGUUUUCAGCAUGAAAAGUAAAACUGGCUUCACUCUUGUGUAAGGAGAAUGCAUAACAGGCAUCCUGUGGAUUUCGUUUCACACACAGAACCCACACUUCAUUUUGUGAAACGGUCAUGGCAGGAAAGAGUGCUGCAUAUAGAGGAAGAAUUGCAUAGCGAUUUUUAUUGUCAUAGUCGGUGACUCAAGGAAGUAGUUUUCUGUGGCUUAAAUGAAAAAUGUUGCUUGCUUUUUCUUUUUAAAAAGCAUCUGUCUUUCCCAUAGUAAGUUGCCACAGUUACGAGUGCAGACCUCACCAGUGAUUCAUCUUAUCCAUGUCUGUGAAUGAUUCCUAAAGGCAUUAAAGAACAGGAUGUUCUAACAGGUUCUCACAGAGUAAGCAUAGAGUGAAUAAAGUGACAGCAGUUACUUUGGCAAACUUUUUUCUUAAUAAAGAAACUGGUUGGUAAUUGAA